GGGGACAGAGCUGGUUUAACAAGGAGCAUGAAGGCUUUAUCUUCAACCGAAUCUCCGGGACACAGAUCCAGGAGGAAGGUUUCCAAACCCCUGAUGGAGAAACGCAGACGGGAGCGCAUCAACGGCAGCCUGGAAACCCUGCGGCUUCUCAUGCUGGAAAACACGCAAAAUGAGAAACUAAAAAAUCCCAAAGUGGAAAAGGCUGAGAUCCUGGAGAGUGUUGUUGAAUUCCUAAAAAGGGAGAAGGAGCUGGAGAAGGAUCACCAGACCCCGAGGAGGAUGUUCCCAGAGGAUCUGAGACCCACCUCUACUCCCCAUCACAGCUACCAUGACGGCAUGAAAUCCUGUCUGCUGCGGGUCAGCCAGUUUAUAGCAUCAAAGAGUCGGGAGUUGGAGGCCAACAGCGGGCUCCAGGCCUCUCCGAAGCUUUCAGAGUCUCAGGAGCUGGUUUCCUCCCUGGCACCUACACACCGGUCUCCAGUGGUCGCUCCCGCUGACGCUCCUGUUCUGUCUCCUCACCUCCUCCUCCAGCAAGAAAGCAGGCAGACGCUCACCUUCUCCUCCUCCAUGACGGCCCCUGUACAUGUUUCUGAUCCUGUAUGGCGACCCUGGCCUAAAUGAGACACAUGAAAAUUUUUUUCUUUUUUCAUAGAUGAUUUUAUAACAUAUAUUUACUGCUGUAAACCAAAAGCAGAGUAAUGUUUACUCUUGUUUGUACAGCACCGGCAUUUUUGCACAGAUGAGUGUUAUAUCUUUUUAAAUAUCUUCUUUAUUUUUCAUGGAUUUCCUCUUUUAUGUAACUAUGUAAACUGCCAUGCAUUUGUUGCACCAUGCUGCUUUAAUGUUGCUGAUAGCGAUGCAUACAGUUUCUUUCUUUGCCUGGUUUGAGCACAGCAGGUGGUGCUGUGCUUUUGCCUUGCUCUCACUUCACAGACAUCAGGAGAGGGUUUUUAUCCAUGUGCUCCAGUUCCCUGUUCAGCACAAUUUCCUGGCCCUUCCCAAGUGGCCACUUUGCCUCUUGAGUGGCUUUGCCUUGACGGUUCCUGCAGCUUGUUUGUGAGAAGAGGACAACCAUCCAGAGGAACAUUAACACAUACUCCAUCCAGAUUGCACAGCAGUUAUGAUGUCUAUUGAAAUGUUGAUAGCAGACCUGUUGUCUCUACAUGGUGUUCAGGAGACUUUUUCACAUGUAGAGUAGGUAAAGAUUGUGAUCAUUCGCACAUGUUCAGAAUCCAGACUGGUUUGGUGGCAUCUAAUCCACAGCUUGGUGUUAAACACUGAAACGUUUGGCCUUGUUUUUUUUAGGUCAUGCUUAGAAGAUUCCAGUCAAAUAAAUUGCUUUUUUU